AUGGCUGCCCCACAAAUUUAUCCAAUCGUUGAGCUCAAAGACGAACAAAAGUCUUAUAUUAAGGCUGCUGUUCCUUUACUUGAACUGGCCGGUGACAAGCUCACAAAAGCUUUCUAUGACUACAUGCUUUCGCACUAUCCCGAAGUCAAGGUCUUCUUCAACGAGAAAAACCAGGCUGACCUCAGACAACCAAAAUUGUUGGCUUUUGCUUUGCUCGCUUAUGCAAAGAACAUUGAUGACAUCACUCCGCUUUCUCCGUUUGUUGCCAAUAUCAUUGACAAGCAUGUUAGUCUUCAGGUCAAGGCUGAACACUACCCUAUUGUUGGAAACUCUCUUAUCACAACCAUGAAGAGCUUCUUAGGAGAGGAAAUUGCUACUCCUCCGUUCAUAGAAGCAUGGACCGCUGCUUACGGUAACUUGGCGCAAAUCUUGAUCAACGCUGAAUUUGCCAAGUAUCAACAACAACAAUGGCAAGGAUACAAGGACUUUAAGGUGACUAGAAUUGUUCCAGAAACAGAACACAUAAAGUCUUUAUACUUGGCUCCCGUGGAUGGAACCAAGAUUGCCCAACCACUUCCAGGCCAACCACUCGGUUUCCUUUUCAAAGUACCAGGAUACGAAUUCGAAAAGACUAGAAACUACACAAUCUCGCAGACUCCAGUAGGUAACGAAUACCGAAUCAGCGUGAAGAAGGUCGAUGGUGGUGCUUGCUCUACGUACGUCCACUCUUUGAAAGAAGGCGACAUUGUCAAGGUGUCUCCUCCAAAUGGACACUUUGUCUACAAGCCUGAGUCCAAAAAGGAUGUUCUCAUUUUUUGCGCUGGUGUGGCAAUUACACCAUUUGUGUCUAUUAUUGAAAGCGCAUUGAAAGAUGGUAAGCUGGUUUCAGUGUACUAUUCAAACAAGACUGAAAAGGAGAGGCCAUUCACCCAAUGGUUCAAUGACUUGAAAACGCAAUACCCUAAAUUCCACUUGCAUGAAUUCUUUUCCGAUGUGAACCGCAUGACGGCGAAAGACUUCGAUUCUAUCGAUUUGAAAGACAAGGAUGUGUACAUGUUGGGUCCUGUGUCCUAUAUGGACUUUGUCUCUAGCCAGUUGAGUGCUUCUGGUGUUGAAGCUCUCGUUGAUAACUAUUAUCCCCAGAUCGAGUAA